GCUGUGGCUCACCUGCUCCAGGCCAGGCUCCCGAUCAUGCUCGUGAUUGGCCUCGCGAGCCUGCCAGGGAGGAGAGCAGUCUGCGGCUGCCGGUCUGAGGAGUGCUGGAGCCCUGGGCGCGUCCUCGUACUCGAGAUCUCGAUACUGGGCUUGGUCCAGGCAGAGCUUCUGAUACCCCUGGAGGUGCUGGAGUACCUGGAGCUGAUCGUGUCGCAGCCUCUGGAGUUGUCG